GUACUUGUGGCAUCUGGAAGACCAGUGUAAACUUCUUGAGGCCGUCAUGCGUGUGCCAGUACUACUACUGCUGGGAAUGGUGUCUGGGCUCUGUAGCAGUGAUCAGUCAUGUCCGGAAGUGAAAGUUUUAGGGAUUGGGGACACUGACAAAUUGUCGAUUCUUCGAGGCUGCCCUGGUCAUCCUGGGCUUCCAGGUCAAAAAGGAGAUGUUGGGGCACAGGGAGAAAAAGGACAAACAGGAUCUGUGGGGGGACCAGGAACAGUUGGACCUCCAGGAGAAAAGGGAGAGAAAGGAGAAAGUGGGGCGACUGAGCCAGUGUAUGCUGCCAGGAACUGCAAAGAAAUACGACAUCAGGGUGCAGUCCUCAGUGACUGGUACACCAUAUACCCAGAUGGCAACCGGCCCCUGAAGGUCCUGUGUGAUAUGGACACAGAUGACGGAGGAUGGAUUGUCAUACAGAGACGUUGGGAUGGGUCAGUAGACUUCUUCCGCACUUGGGAUGCUUAUAAGAAAGGCUUUGGAAGUCGGCUAAAUGAAUUUUGGCUGGGGAAUGACAAUAUUCAUCAAAUAACUUCAACAGGAACAUGGGAAUUACGUGUUGACCUACAAGAUUUUGAAGGUAAAAUGGUGUUUGCCAAGUAUGCAAGCUUCAAAGUAUUGGAUGAAUCUGAGAAAUACAAAUUAUUAAUAGGACGGUUUCAAGAAGGAACUGCAGGAGAUUCUAUGAGAUAUCAACACAACAUGAAAUUUAGUACUAAAGAUGAAGACAACGACCUUUCUCAGAGCAGUUGUUCCCUAACGCAUAAAGGCGGCUGGUGGUAUAAUAGUUGUCACCAGGCAAACCUUAAUGGACUUUACCACCUAGGAGAGCACACAUCUAAUGCGGAUGGCAUCAACUGGUUUACUGCCAGAGGGCGUAAAUACUCGUACAAGCAUGCAGAAAUGAAGAUUAGGCCUGUUUAG